AUGCUUGACCAGCCUCGAGAAGCCCGAGAGACUGUCGAUGCCUCGCAGCCCAGGUCCUCUGGCAAAGCGGGUAGUGCAGCCGCUGACCUGCAGAGCCUCUGGGGUAUAUCGGAGCACAGCUAUCUCGAGGACUGGCUCUUCGAGACUGGCGACGACGACGAAGACGACCUUGACGGAGUCACUAGCGACGCUCCUAAUCGCAAGUUCUCCGCCCUUUCAAGGCGGUGCAUCAUCAACAUCGGCACGCUCGUCCUCCUCACGGUCUCGCUGAUCCUGAUUUUCGUCAGCUAUCCGCUCGCAGUGGUCCGCGAUAUUGGCACGAGGAGCCUGAUCGGCGCCAACGGGACGGGCCAGAUCGCCGACAUUCCCAACAUCAUGCGUCUCAUCGACCCCAAGACGCCCAUCGAGGCCCGGACGUGGACAAAGCCGCUGGCGGAUCGCUCUUCCUUCCAUCUGGUCUUUUCCGACGAGUUCGAAACGGAGGGGAGGACGUUCUGGCCCGGCGACGAUCCCUUCUGGGAGGCCGUCGAUCUCCAUUACGCAGGUACCGAGGACUACGAGUGGUACACGCCCGAAGCGGUCAACACGAGCAGGGGCUUCCUCAACAUAGCCCUAGAGGAGCACGCGACCCGCGGCCGCAACUUUCGCUCCGGCAUGCUGCAGUCGUGGAACAAAUUCUGCUUCCAAGGCGGCUACAUCGAAGUGUCGGUCAUCCUCCCCGGUAGCCGAUUCAUGAGCGGCCUGUGGCCUGCCAUAUGGACCAUGGGCAACCUGGGAAGGCCAGGCUACCUGGGCUCAACGCACGGCAUGUGGCCGUACUCGUACAGCAGCUGCGAUGUCGGCAUACUGCCUAAUCAGACGUGGCUCAACAAGACAGGGCCGCCGGCCAAUCUGGAACGAUUGACCAAGACAGGCGUCCCCUUGAGCCAUCUGGACGGAAUGAGGACGCCGGCCUGCACCUGCCCCGAUGAGGACCAUCCCGGUCCGACCAUUCAUGUCGGACGCAGCGCCCCGGAGCUCGACAUCGUCGAGGUGCUGAGCACUGGCGGCAUCGGCACCGCAUCUCAGUCUUUCCAGCUGGGCCCCUUCGAUGCCGACUACAACUGGACGCAGUCGGCUCCCACCACGGUCCUCCACCAGAACUCAACCACAUUCAACCCAUGGCCCGGCGGUCCGUUUCAAGAGUCGAUCUCUGGGCUGACUCCGGUGCCGAACGACGCCUUUGAGCACGAUGGAGGGAGAGCCACCACAUUCGCCAUAGACUUCGAGCCCGACUGGCUCGGGGACGGGUCGGGUCACGUCACAUGGUACGUCGACGGCAAGCCGACCUGGACCGUCACGGGCAAGGCGAUUGGUCCUCGAGCCGACGUCGAGGUCGGCCAGCGGCUCAUUCCAGUGGAGCCGCUCGCGCUGGUCAUCAAUCUCGGCCUGAGCCCCGGCUGGAAUGCGCUGGAGUGGGACAAGCUGCGCUUUCCUGCGACGCUGAGGGUCGACUACGUGCGCGUCUACCAACGAGACGGCCGGCCGGACCGCAUUACGUGCGAUCCGCCCGACCACCCGACUGCGCGGUACAUUCAGGACCACAUGGACAUCUACACCGACUCUGACCUCGCCGUGUUCCCUCGAGAUGCCCAUCGAUGGCCGAAGAACAGGCUGACGCACAAUUGCAGCACCGGUCAGCCCCUCACCUCAUAG